UCGCAAUUAGCGAUUCGCGUCUCUUGACCCAUGUCUUAUACCCUCAGUGGCGGGCGCAUAGAAGCCGAGAAAGACUCCGUUUCCCCCGUCCGCUGUGAGCUGUGCACCCUGGACCUCACGUAUCUUGCAGUCGACGAACGGAUGACACACUACAACAAUCACUUGGACGAUAACACGAAUAUGGGUCUCAACUCUGCAUCUCUCUGCCUCCCUAUGGCUGCCGAAAGGGUAGCGACGGCUUUGAAUUACACUCAUGAGUCCGGCACUUCCAGUAGAACAACGUUGUCGAAUAGCACUGGGAAAGACAAAGACGGAUCACAACAGUCUCGCUGGAACAAAAUGAUGAAGCGAUCCACUGAGAAGGACUUAUUCUGGUAUCCCUCGCAGGACUCUGACCCUCCCCGAAAUUUCACCCCCGGGCUCGUCCCUCUCCUGAGGCUCCAUCUUCUCAAGAGUCAUGCCUCGGGGCACACUCGACGUGCCGUCCUCUGUUACGACAGAGCGGUUCUUGUCACACGACAGGUAUGGGAUGCAGGGUGGGGAUGUGGGUAUCGGAACUUUCUUAUGGCGUGCACUGUUCUCAUGGACCAGCCCUUCCAACCCACAUACUUCUCACUGUUGAAGUCUCCCAUCCUACCAGGGGUGCGAAAUCUCCAGACAUGGAUUGAAAUGGCCUGGAAGGACGGCUAUGAUCCAGUUGGGGCAGAAGAGCUACGCGGAAAACUUGUCGGGACGUCCAGGUGGCUUGGUACCGCUGAUUUGCAGACAGCUUUCACGUCGAGAGGUAUCCCUUCCCAAUUAGUUGAUUUUGAUACCUCCGAGCAGGGCAUAGAGUUGCUCACCAACUGGAUCGUUGACUACUUCGGAAAAGACCAGAAAAACGCUCCAAGCAGUGUGAAUGACUUGGGAAAAUCACCUCCCGUCAUGACCAGUUCUCGGAUGCCAGUUAUAUUGCAGUGGCAAGGCCAUUCUUGUACGAUUGUGGGCUAUGAAGUCACAGGUGCUGGCGUUAUCAAUCUGCUCAAGUUUGACCCGUCAUUGUACGUCGCGACAAGCAAGAUUCUGAGCGAUACCCACAUUUCUCACAGCUUGAUCAACGACGGUCUCCGACAAGCUGCGCUAGAUAUAUAUCUUAGCGAACAGAACGAGGCUUUCUCCUCAAGGAAACGCGCUCCUGCUGCGACCAGCAAUCCGAUUCCUCUGAAGCGCUCUCGCUCCUCCGUAGUGGAUAAUGACGACGUGAUUGUCUUGGAAGACACCGAGAAGCCACCCGCACCGAUCGCCGCGAAGGCACAGGCGAGUCACUUGAAGCCCGGAAAUGUACUGCGGCCAUUCAGGAUCAACCCCAAGCGGCUUGAAAAGUACGUUCCAUUUGCACGUCAUGCUGGAAGCAUCAUCUCUAAUCAGAGUCUUCUUUAUGAGGACAAAGACGAAGUUCCAGGUUCUCUACUUUCCGAUGCGCGAGCCGCUGAGCGAAACAGAGAGGCGCCACCGGACCUGGAACGGGCAUGGACUGAGGCUCCCACAGGAUUUACAGCAAACUUAGUCAGUACAGUACAAUACAUAUUGUGUUACAGAAGCGUAUCCUAUGUCAUGAUCACAUCGCCGCUCUGGUCGACUUGAUGAACAGGCAUGUCUAGUGGCCAUACGUCUAAUCCAGCCACUGCUGAGCGCAAAGCCCUCUCCCAGGCCUCUUCAACACGAUACCCUCCCGCACGCAUGAUUCCCUCCCGAUCCUUCCGAACUGCCUCACUAGCCGGAUCGACAUAGACGGCCUGGAGAGUGAACUUGUCCUCGUAUGCGUAGUAGUCAUCUUGCAGAGGAACAUGAGGUGUGUCUUUCGCUGCAGCAGCAACAGCGGCCAGGCGCGCACGCAGCAACGCUUGGGGACCUUGGCCAUCCGACACACCCCUGCGGCUGGCUUCCUUCUCUGCUCGCUCCCGUUUUGAUUGCCGGACAAUCUUGGCAGCGCUCUUGCCGUCCGAUCGCUCGAGUCGGUCAAUGAUCUCCUUCUUCCCUGACUCGCGGGCGACGCGUUCCUCUUCCUCCUCCCUCCUCAUGGCCUCAGCCCUCAUCUCCUUCUCCUUACGCUCCGCCUCCUCGGCUUGCUUCAAGGACAGCACGUACGCUUCUUCGCGCUGUGUAUUCAGCAAAGUAAGAGCAGCGUUGGCUUCCCGGUAUGCAACAAUCCGAGCCUCGGUACCGGCGGGAUCGAUGUCAUUGAUGAGAUUCCAUGCUGGAAAGAAAUUGAGAAGCCAGAACGGCGCGGAGGAAUAAGCAACACACUGAUGUCCUCGACGUCCUCCAAAU